AUGUUUCGCUCAAUGCGACGCCUCCCUCGACGCGUUCCUAUUACGCCCAUCACUUCACGAGCAGUCCGGCCCUUCACGUGCGGUUAUCCUCGGAUGACGCCCGUUCACCCCCCGGUGUCCACCACCCUGCCCUCAGACGCCUACCAGCUGCUCUCCACGCAAGAAAAGGCUGGUGAGGCUGAAGACGCCCUUUAUGACCAACAGAUCAAAGAUGUGAAAGCCUGGUGGGAGUCACCUCGUUAUGAGGGAAUCAAGCGCCCUUACACGGCUGCGGACGUCGUCAGCAAGCGCGGCUCACUCCAACAAACAUACCCCAGCUCAUUGAUGGCGCGGAAGCUUUUCAAUCUCCUCAAUGAACGAGCCGCUGCUGGUCAGCCUGUUCACACAAUGGGAGCUAUCGACCCCGUACAGAUGACACAACAAGCUCCAAACCAAGAAAUCCUCUACGUAUCUGGCUGGGCUUGCUCUUCGCUGCUCACCAGUACCAAUGAGGUUUCUCCUGACUUUGGCGAUUACCCCUACAACACCGUUCCGAACCAGGUCCAGCGCCUCUUCAAGGCUCAAUCGAUGCAUGACCGGAAGCAGUGGGAUACCAGACGAAAGAUGACUCCCGAUCAGCGAAAGGCGACGCCCUACACGGACUAUAUGCGACCAAUCGUCGCGGAUGGUGAUACCGGUCACGGAGGCUUGUCGGCAGUCUUGAAGCUCGCAAAGUUGUUUGCGGAGAAUGGCGCCGCGGCAGUGCACUUCGAGGAUCAAUUGCACGGCGGAAAGAAGUGCGGCCAUCUUGCCGGCAAGGUGCUCGUUCCCAUGGGAGAACACAUCAACCGACUAGUGGCAGCCCGAUUCCAGUGGGACAUGAUGGGAUGCGAGAACUUGGUGAUUGCCCGCACAGACUCUGAGAGCGGUCGCCUCAUCAGUAGCGCCAUCGAUGUGCGGGAUCACGAAUUCAUCCUCGGUAUUACGGAAGAGGUGGAGCCUCUGGCGGAGACACUUCAGGCGAUGGAACGCGAGGGUGCUUCCCCAGCCGAGAUUGAUGCAUUCGAGCUGGAUUGGGUCAAGAAGCACAAGCUUGUCACUCUUGACGAAGCUGUCGAUGCCCAUCUCGAAUAUGAGGGAGCGCCCCAGUCCUCUCGUGAUGGUUACAAGGCCUACGUGAAGAGCAAUCCCGAUCUUUCCUUCUCUCGUCGUCGUGCUCUCGCAAACGACUACGCAAAGACCCCCGUUGUGUGGUCGUGCGAUAGCCCGCGCACUCGAGAGGGAUUCUACCACUACCGCGCUGGAUUCCCCGCUGCUACUAAGCGCGCUAAGGAGUUUGCCCCUUAUGCGGAUCUCCUUUGGGUUGAAACCGGUGAUCCAGACGUGCAGAAGGCCGGUAGUCUUGCCGGUGAAGUCCGCGAGGCAUUCCCCGGUAAGAAGCUCGUCUAUAACCUCAGCCCUUCAUUCAACUGGAUGGGCCAAGGAUUUGACGAGGCUUCUCUCAAGUCUUUCAUCUGGGAUAUUGCUAAGCAAGGAUUUGUCUUGCAACUUAUCUCCCUCGCGGGUCUGCACACAAACGCAACGAUUACUACCGAACUCUCUCGUGCGUUCAAGGACGAGGGCAUGCUGGCUUACGUUCGUCUGGUCCAGUCACGCGAGAAGGAUCUCGGCGUCGACGUCCUUACACACCAAAAGUGGAGUGGUGCACCUUACAUGGACGGCAUCAUGGGUGCCAUUCAGAGCGGAAGCAGCAGUAGCAAGAGUAUGGGUGAAGGAAACACAGAGAAAGGCUUCUAA